AUGGAAAUAUUGGAAUCUGCAGCACAUGCACAACCACCAGUUACUUCCCUUUGUUUGCCAUUUUUGAACUCUUUUAUCCACGGAAAACAAAAAGAAAGAAAAUCAGAAAAAGAAGAGGAUGAAGAAGAGGAAGAAGAUCAUAAAACAGAUGAAAAAUCUCAAAAUUCUGAUUCAGAUAUGGAAGUAGAACAAUCCCAUGAUGCAUCAAAAACUGAUUCCCAGAAGACAGUUCAUAACAAUGAAUUUGAUUGGCUGAGUGAUUUGCAUAUUAAUGAAAAGGAUGAAGAGUUAAAUCAUUCAGUUUCCUAUACAACAGACUGGAGUUUUAAAAUAAAAUCAUGAUAUUUUU